GCAGCAUUAACGCCAUCUGUUCUGCUUCCGUGAAACCCGAGACCACUUUCAAGAUGGUGACCAAGAGGAUCCGCUCGGAGUACAUGAAGAGGUUCAAAGACCCGAAAUGGGAGAGCUACACCAAGUGUUACGAGGAGAUGCUGAAGUACAGACUGACCCGCAGGCUGCUGGAGCACACACACAGACCCUGGUUCUGGAGUGGGACCGACAGCGACUCAGACUCUGGAGGAAGAAGCCCCGCGUCUCCCAGUAAGAACCAGAUCCAGUCUGAGGCCGGCAGAGAGCAGAGCGGGGCCGAGCUGGAGGAGUGUGAGGGGGCGAGGAUGGAGCAGCAGAGCAGGGCUCCGCUGGGCUCCGGACCCACAAUUCCCCUUCAGGAGGAGGAGGAUAAUGUGUCUGCUCGACAGGCUGCAGUCCAUGGCUCACAGCUGGGUGGCGUUUUAGAGUCAGGAGAGGCUGGAGAGGAGCUGGCUCUCAGGGAACCAGACAAAGUAGAGAGAGACACAGGAGGACUCCGACCACAGCCAAGUAAACCCUCCAAAUCCUCAAAGCAAACAUGGCGCAGCCAGCGGGUCAGGCCUGCAGCCACACAGCAGCUCAGGGACGACAGUAAGGAGAGCAGACAUCCUUUCGCUCUGUACGGCUCUGGAGAGAAGGAUGCAGACAUGGCCAGUAGGAAGACACACAAUGUUGGUCCUGCAGCUUCCACAACUGAGAUCUACGAGUCUGCUCUUCGUGCCAAGACCAGACGGGAGGUGGAUCGUCAGAUCCAGACCCAGAGGAGCGAGCGCCGGAGGGCCAAGUCUGCCGACCUGGACAAGGCCAGGAAGUUGGUUCAGCCAGAAUUUAACCCCUGGCUCACUGAGUACAUGCGCUGCUUCUCUGCUCGCUCCCGAUAGAAGAUGAAAGCAUUGAGCAGAAAUACUUACAUCAGGGUGAUUCCAGACAAAAAUACACAAAGCCGUUUUUGCCUACGCACCUGAAGCUGAAUACCCAUAAAUGUGCAACCCAGAUUCCCAAAAAAAAGUUGUGAUUUUGUCUUACACCUAAAUAAAACAGAAUGCAAUCAUUUGCCUUUGCGACACAUCUUCAAAUGAAAACUGCAUAUAAAACAGCAUAUUUAAUGUCCAAACUGAUAUUUUUUGUAUAUACUGUACAUUGGAUUCUGUUUAUGUUUAUUGUACGCAGCGUCCCAACUUUUUUUGGAAUCAGGGUUGUAGAAAAGUGUAUGGGCUGGAUUGAUUCAUACAAAGGCUCCAACAUGUGUUUCACUCUCACAUUCAGGAUGUAAACUGACAAAACUUUGAAAUUCACCAUGUGGCUUAUUCCCCCAACAUGUACUAUCAUGUGUUUUAUAUGAAUCAAUGUUAAUAUAAUACAACAAGAACCAUUUUACAGGGUAUAAGAGACUCUUGAAAUAAAUAGUUUGAAAGAAAAUGUAUAAUUAAUGGACUCAUCUACGGCAUAUGGAUAUUUUGGUAAGAAAGAAGAGUCUAAAAUGCAUUUUACAGCCAUACUUUGACGCAGUCCCUUUAAACACAGGCUGUGUAAAUGUUUCAAUGUGUUUUAUACAGUGGACUCAAAUAGAAAUAAUGAAGGGACAUGGCAGCAUGUCUGAGUAGAUUUAGCCACAUUCUGAGUCCACAGACUUAAAGAAUGUACACACACUUAUUAUAUUCACAGAGAAACUAAACCAACCAAAAACAAGGUCACAUUGUUUGUGUACCAGAAAGGUGUCAUGAGCUACAGCUAGAUGGCUUAUCAACUCUAACUUUUUCACAAAUGUGUGUUUCUCCUCUUAUCUGUGCUGAGGACAAGAUUUAAACUGACUUACAGAAAUAUGUCUGUUUAGGGUUCUACAGCUUUUAUUUUCUGACGGGUGUGUAGAUUUGUUAAUGGACUUGGUUUAGACCAACGGUUCCCAAACUUUUUUAGCCGCGCACCCCCUUCUAUGUCCCAACCGGGUUGACGCACCCCCAAUCCCCCACACCUUCAAAAAAAACCAAAAUGCAAUAAACUUUUUUUAUCGUCAUAUUAAAAGUGGCAUGUUUAGUCAUGCUCAAAUGACCAGAACACACAUAUAAUAAAAUAAUCUAUAUCACAACAAUGAGCUCUCGCAUUUGAAUUAAUUUGAAACAUUGUAACACGAUUUCAAUAUAAUGCAACAAAGUUAUGCACAAGCUUCCACUUUUAAGAGCAAAGAUGAUGAUGACAGGCUCAGGAUCAGAGGCAGAAAGCACAUAAGUCGGGGAAAAUGUUAUAAUAUUUUGAGCCGCGUUGAACAAAAAUUGCAGCAAGUUUAAAUGAGCGUGGAGCUAAACAACCCCGUCAUCAUAACGCAGGCUGGAAAAAUGGAAGAUGAUAACUUCUUCUACGCUUCAUUUUAAGAUGAAGUGCAUUUUGAAUAGCCUGUAUUUAUUAAUUAAUAUUACAGUUUUUGAGUUUACAUUUUACAAAGGACAUGUUUAUUUACACAUAUUUAUUGUGUGGGGUAAAAAAAAAUGUAAUUGCCAUUACAUUUUUCAUUUUGCACACCCCCUAGCAGCAGCUUACGCACCCCCAGGGGUCCACGCACCACACUUUGGGAAUCCCUGGUUUAGACUCUGCUCACAGUGAUGCCACAGUGUUACAGAACAACAUUUGUGUUGUUAUUGUGCUUGUCCAGUAAUCAUGUUUCUGUGCUUCUGUUAUAUAUCCACUGGUCAUGGGAGAAAAUGUAAUACUAAAAUUAACACACAGCUAAUUUAUGUUCUUUCCAAAGCAGAACAAUCUAUUGAGGCCAAAUUUCUUUAUCAUUACUGUUACUAAAUGAGCUUUAGAAGCAGACCAACAAUGCCUAGGUGAGCUUUAAUCAAAAGUGUAUAUUGCUGAGUUGCUGCUUACUGGUUAAAGCAGCAGAAGGACCAAAUCAAACAGCACUUUGAUAAUUAAUCACCUUUCUGAAAUCAUUUUUGUAUAGAAUAUAUUGCUACCUAUUCAAGUCUUGGUAUAAUUAAUUAAUCUUUUGAAUCUGUGUAUAUUGAUUGUAUGUGUGUUUUUACAUGUUUGGAACAGCAGACAAUGUUGUUUGUAAUCACAAAGUGGACCUUGAAUCCUUUGUGUGAUGGAAAUCUGGUUCUUUCUUCAUCAAAACCACGAGAACUCAGAUCCCUCUUGGUAAAUCAUGAUUUAUCAGCUCUGUGCCAUAAAGACUCAAGUUUUUUUCUCCUUUGCAUUACUAUAGUUAACAAUGUUAUUGAUGUGAAUAUUGUGCAGAAAAAAGGAUGGGAGGCUUGUGCUUUACAUUUAGACAUUUUACCAUUUCUCUUUAUUUUUGUUGUUGCAACUCUGAGUUCAGUAUUACAAUAGUUGAUAUGGUACUGAUUUAGAUUCUCAGUGGGUUUGAGUUAGACUUUAAUAUUUAGCUCAGAAGGAUGUGAAUGUUGUGCAAUAUUAUGAUGCUUAAAAUAGUUGUAUUUAAGCCUGUCUGUUUUUUUUAGAUGUGAUGACAGCCUCAGACUGGAACUAGAUAUUUAAUUCUCAAUGUACUUUUCUCUAUUUCUCUAUUUAUUAGUUACUGAGACCAAACGUUAUCACUACUUGUAACAUGUUUUCUAGGUUUACUUGGUAAUACAGCAGAAAUCCAUCAAGCCUAAAUAUUCAUUUACAUCAGGACACAUGAUCAUCCCACUCAAAACAUGUAAUCAGGUGUAAUGAAGAAGAAAUAGAGAUUCAAAUAAUUCAAAAUAAUUCACUAGAAAGAAUGAUUUUUCAACAGCUGACAAACUGCUCAGUGGAGUCUGAGUUCAGUGAAAAAUCUUCUGCAUGAUAUCUAAUACUAUUGUAUGGCGCAGAUAUCCAAAAUACUGUAAAAUGUCACAAUACAUUACAUGAUUAUGUUUCCAUUUAAGGCUUUUAAAAUACUGUGUACAUGUUUUAUUUGGUUUAGAGGAACAGACUGUUGAGGUUAUGGUGUGGUGUCUUUGAAUAAAUCACUUUUACACUGUC